UUUAGAGCGGUUUAUAUAUUUGUACCACACAUCACAUUCGUUUGUGGAAAGCUGGACGUAAUAUUUACUAAACGUCCUUCUUUCCAUUUGGUAGUUUUAAACCAAUAUAAACAUUGUACUUUGUGAUUUAUUGCGAUUGGUGUACUAUAGAAAGGUAGAUAGGAUGUUUGCUAUGAAAUCUGACCUACAUGUACUGGCUAGUGUGGUAUUGACUGGUCUAUUUUUGCUCCCGUCCCAGUUUGUUACUUGCAAUGAGAAGCAAUGGGAUCACUUCAUGUUUGCUCAAGCCUGGCCUCCUGGCACUUGUGCUGAUGCCCACAGAGAGCAUCAUGUGUGUCAUAUAGGUGCACAGGUGAAAACUUGGACCAUUCAUGGUCUGUGGCCAUCACUAGGAGCUAGCAAGGGACCAACCAGCUGCAACAAUUCAUGGCCGUUUGACUUCAGUAAGAUAGCAAGUUUGACACAGGAACUGAGGACUUACUGGCCAAACCUGUAUAAUGACACAAGCCCUUAUAGUUUUUGGGCACAUGAAUGGGACAAGCAUGGCACGUGCUGCACGGAUCUUGACUCAACUUCAGGGGAACGUAAUUACUUUACAGCAGGUCUAAAUCUCAAUAAAAAAUACAAUGUUUCACAGGAACAUGAGUGGGAACAUCACGGAACUUGUUGUACCUCUUUGAAGGCAACUUCAAAUGAAUACAAAUACUUUAAAACAACUCUAAACUUAAAUCGCAAGUACGACAUUGGAACAAUGCUGGCCGACAGUGGUGUGAAACCAAGUGAAACAGCUCAGUAUAGUUAUAACGACUUUGUUAAUGCUGUGAAGAAGGCAAUUGGAUUUGAGCCAGUUAUACAGUGUACUGUCAUAGAGGAGAAAAAUGGGAGUGUAUAUCACCUGAUCGACCAGGUUCAAAUUUGCCUGAAUAAAGAUUUUACUCCAAGGUCAUGCAUGGAUGGGACAAUCUACCCGAGUGGAUACUACCAUACCAAGGGAAACAACUCUUUAUCAAAUUUUGAAAAGGGAGAGAAGAAUGGUCUGAUUGGCAGAAGAUCCAGUCAUCAUCACUACCAUGAACCACAGUCAACUUGCCCAAAGAAAUACAGCUUCAACUAUCCACCAAUUCACCAAGUUUAGCUUAUGUAUAUUUUCCUCCAACUUAAAAGGUGGUCAGUUUUAUUUUGACCAUGUGUAAUAGGUACUUUUACAGCUGAUCUUCUUUUUACACUCCAGAUAUUGACUGGAAGUAAUUUUUCAUUUUGUCACUUAGCUAGGGAGGGAUUUUCAAAAAAGAAUGACCAUCUUAUUUUUAUAAUACAUGUAUAAUGUAACUGCUGAACUUGACCCACCUACCAAUUUCAGCAUUUCCUUCUUAAAGGGGAAUAAUGACAAAAUUAUAUAACACACAUUUAAUAAAACAAAUAUUUCUUGUAGGCAUAUAUCUCUGUUUUAUUAACCUUUUUUGUUUCUUGAAUAAAUCUCUAACAAUAUAUAACUAACCUUUAGCCUUCUGGCGACAAGUGAUUCUGCCUUUGCGGACGUACAGGCUGAUCUUGAUCUUCACUGGGUGCUAUUCAUUUCAGUGCAGGCUGAUCAUGGUCUGCACUAUUCGCUGCUCAGUCAGUAAAUUUUCAGUGAACACACCUUUGAAUAAUAAUUGGUACUGCCCAAAUUGAAUGAUGGACCAGUCCAUUUUAGAAAUAGGUUUAAAGAAGAUCUUUAGAGUACAUAGACAAACUGAUUGUAACUUCAUACAAGAAGCUCUUCCUUUUCUUCAAGUAACAUACAAUUCAAGUACAGAAAUGUUUUGAAGAUCCAGUCACAUUAAGCUUAUUCAUAGAGAAUAUUUAGCAGACGACAAUUUCUGUCAUUUAUUUAAAAAAAAAUAUAUAACAUUUACAAAGAAACAAUAUGUGCAUCAUCAGUGUGGCCAGUCUUCUACUUGCGCUCACUUUAAAGAUGCUUAAUCACAUCCAGGCAACAUUUUAUAACUUUUUCCACUUUUCAUUUUAAACUUUACCCUGCUAAAUUUCUAAAAUGAACUGGACAAUCAUUCAAUUUGAGCAGUACCACUUACUAAUUAAAUGGGUGUUCACUGAAAAUUUACUGACUGAAUAGCGAAUAGUGCAGACCAUGAUCAGCCUGCACGGAUCUUGGUCUGCACUAGUCGCAAAGGCAAAAUCACUUGCCACCAGCAGGCUAAAGGUUAAACAGUAGAUUGUUUAUCACCCAUAAAAGGCAAGGGGAUAUAAUUUUGGCAUUGUCUGUUCCUUAUUUUAUGCUCAAAAUGUUACUGAUAUUUCAAGAUUCUUUUCUUUUGAUUUGUUGAGUCUUAAUGUUAGUUUAUAAAUGAUAAUUGAAUCAUAUCAUCAAGGAAAGUCACAAAAGUUUUGUUUUUUCAGAUGAGUAUAUUUCUCACAUUUAAAUUUUGUUACUUUCAUUUAUUGAGAAAAACAUGUUUUAUGUGUUUAGAUGCAGAAAGCAUAUCUGUUUACAUCAUUUGUUGCAUAAUGUCAUUUUGACAGUAAGGUGCCUUGUGUUGUAACACACCUCAUUUAUCUUGUUUUAUGUCUGUAUUCAAAGUAAAUAGUGCUAGAUAACACAAAGAUCACAUUUAUAAAGAGCAGGGCUUUGUAUGAAGAACAGAUAAUUUUCAAACUAUUGAAUUACAUUGAUAUUGGCUGUUAAGAAAAAAUGUGUUUAUUGUAGCAACCUAUGACUGCUGGCAUUUUUGGAGAAAAAAAUGUUUAAAUACCUACUAUAAAAAUGAUAAGAAAAUGUUAUAUUUGAGUGAAGGACUCGACUUGAGAGAAUAGAAGUUACCAUUUAACUAAAGAAAAAUCGCCUUUGCAUGAAAACCUACAAGUAAUGAGGAUUGCUCACAAUAUCAGAAUGUCAGGAAUCUUUAUAGAAACCAUUCCAAUUGUACAGUUGUUUGUUACAGGAUUACACAAUUGUUGCCAUCUUAGAGUCUGCCCUGCUGCGCAUUAUUUUACUGACAUGCACACCAUUUCACACAGACGUGUAAUUUUUAUAGCAGACAAGAUUAUAUCAUUGUUAUGUGUUUAUUUUAAAAGUAAAUAUUUAAUAAAAUUGCCAAUAAACAUGUUUUAAUAAUGACUCAAGCUGUUAUAUCGGCCCUUUUUUUUGCAGUUUCAGAUUUCCGGUCUAUUACGGUCAUGAUGGAAACACAUGUUUAUUGUCAUUAUUUAAUCUUAAAACUUUAUUUAAAAAUAUUAUACCUGAUUUUCAUGAUUCCCUCUUUAUUCAGUGUGAUAUUAUCUGAUCCAUAAUGUUUUAUAGUGGUGAAACUUGGUUUGUAGCUUAGUUGGAAAUGAUGGGAUAAUAUUUGAGGUCUCUUGGGUCAAGGUCACUUACUAAAAAUAGAAAAAUGUCUUAAGUUAGGAAUGAGAUUUAGUGGUGAAACUUGGUUUGUAGGUAGUGUAGGUGGAGUUGACAAUUGGGAUUGCAUUUCAGUAGCUAGGAUUAAGGUCAAGGUCAUUUUUACUAAAAAUAGAAACAAGCCCCAAUUUCAUGAAAAUACUGAGGUUUGUUAUUUUGCUUCAUUUUUUACUUUUCUUAAGCAGAUUAACAUACUUAACAGGCCAGGCUCUCGCACAAUAUAUUCAGUUCUGGUACACCUAUUGUCACCAAACUUGGCGCAAAGUAAGCUUUUAUAGAAACAAAAACUGCGAUAAUAUUUGGGGUCACUUGGAUGAAGGUCACUGUCACUUAAAAUAGAGAAAUGAUAUGCACUCAAUUAUUUGAGUUAGGAAUGAGAUUAUAGUGGUGAAACUUGGAUUGUAGGAAGCCUAAGUGUAGAUGAGAGUUGGGAUUGCAUUUAAGGUCACUGGAGUCGAAGUCAUUGUUACUAAAAUAGAAAAAUGAUUUUUGCUUGGAUGUACCUGUUGUCAGAGCCGGUCAUUGUUACUAAAAUAGAAAAAUGAUUUUCGCUUGGAUGUACCUGUUGUCAGAGCCGGUCAUUGUUACUAAAAUAGAAAAAUGAUUUUCGCUUGGAUGUACCUGUUGUCAGGAUAUAAAUCUGAUAUAAUAAUAAUAAUAAUAAUAACCAAACUUGGUGUGUAGAUAGCUUUUAUUGAAACAAAGGUUGGAUAAGGUUGUAAUCUUCAGUUAGUUCACAGAAUUGUGAAAUAUGUUAGAACUGAGCAGUUGCUAGCAUUUGUAAAUUAGUAUUCAUAUCAAAGUUUAACAUGUCAAGCCUGGAUUCAUGGUGUUGCCAUGUAUCUUGUUCGACUUAUGUGCUAUUUUAGGGGUGUUACAUCAUCAUGUUACAUUGCUAACAUUGAAAAAUUUUAUCCAUUACAGAAUAGAAAUUUUAUAUAGGGAUAUGCAAGUGAGGUAAAAUACUAAAUACAGUUGGACCUAGGUAUCUCAAACUCCAAGGGAUCGAGCAUUUUACUUCGAAAUAACUGAAAUUCGAAUUAAAAUGACAUUUUUUGCACAGUAUGUUUACGGGAAGGGACUUGAAAAUUUCUUCAAGAUAGCUGGAAUUUUGAGAUAGCCAGUUUGAGAUGUAGAAUUUCAAAUGAAUUCACAAAAUAAUUGCUAUGUAAUAUUUAUGUAAUGGUGCUUCUGCUUCAUAAAACUAUGCAAUAAUUUGUAACUAACAAAGUGCCAUAAAUGAUUGACAGUCCCAAUAUAUGUGUAAAUUAUAUAUAUAGCUCAUCAAAUAUUUAUUGCAAAAACUGGCAUCUGUGUUAGUAAAAAGCAUCAUUUUCCAUGACAAAUAUUAAACUGCUUGUUUUGGUUCAAAUAAUUGUUUAGCAGACAUUUAUCAAGAUAUCUUAUAUACUUCCUGAAGGGAGAUUAUAAUAGUUUUGCUCACAAUAUCCACUUUGAAAACUUCAUUUUUCUUUUGACACAAAAGUACUGACAAGUACUAACAGACUGUUAUUCAUCCUAUAUUCAUUAAAACAUAUUUAUCUCUGAUCUUGUCUGAAAUGUCUCAAAACACACAAGCUAUUGUGGAUUUCACUUCACAAGUCUUCCCAUGUGUGGAACAAUGUACUGGCUUUAACACUUUUGCAUAUUUAACUUAUUAUUUCUUACCCAUUAGUCUUAUAAUUAAAGAACCAUCAGAUCAAUGCUUCAUAGAAAAAAGAAAGUCAUAAUUUUAAUUUACACUUGCUUUUCUUGUAAUAUCCACAAUAUAUGCAAAUAUUGUGCUAUAUGCACAAAUGUGCUAUGUUUGCAUCACAUAAUAGUCAUAUGUUAGUUUCUAGACUUGUCAAAAUUUAAUUAAUUUUAUGCAAAACUUGACAAAAAAAAGUAGAAAGUUUUUUUUGUAAUAUAAUUGAAAUGGCUGUAUUUAGGGGUGUAACCAAAUUAGUAGUGAGACUAAUCUACCUCUAUGACUAUAAAAUGUUUACUUCAUUAUGAAGUCAUGAAUUAUAUCAUCGAGUAAUACCUCUGAAUAAUACUGUUUGUUUUUAGUUACACAUUCAGGAAUUGCCAAUCUUCCUAAGUGUACCGUAUUCCUAUCGAUAAAAUGUGAUAUAUGCAAAAUGAUUCUUAAAUUAUUUUUUGUGAAGUUUAUUUUGUAUACAGUAAAUUGAAGAAAUUUUCUUCAUUGUACAGUUUACUUUUACAAAUAUUGAUCUGUUGCCAUGCACCUGACCUUUUCAUACUUCAUGUUAAUAGAAUUUGCUUUUUGCCGUGGAAAACUUGCCUAGGAUAAAAUGAAAUAGGUCAGCAAUUUCAGUAUGCGCCAAUUUUAGAAGUAAACCAGUAGUUUCUGGAUCAGAUCUCGGUAUGUGACACCAUUGUGCCAACAAUGUCACUUUAAAAAGUGCUUUAUAAUGUGGAAAAUAUUUGAAAUCCGUAUGGCACCAGGCAUUAAGUUUUCCAAAACAUAAUACACCUCUCCUUUGUAAAUAUACAAAAUUUGACUAAUUAUUUUUGUAACAAUUAUAUUUGUGUUAUGUUGUUGAAGAAAAAUAUACUUCAGGUAUCUAUGCACUAACCAUCAACUAACAUUUUGUUGAAAUAAAUUUGUUCAGAAAUAGA